AUCUCAAUUCAAACCCCCCCUCUCUCUCCCUCUCUCUCUUCCCCAUCUUCUUUCUGAGUCCGUGUUUUUCUUCGGAGUGAUAUAUAAAUUGUUUUGAGAUUUCAGACAAGGUGUGCGUGGAACGCGAAGGAUUUCGUUGUUUUAUUACAGUUUUGAAUUGCGGCUUUGAUGGAGAGACUGGCAUCUUCGGCGGCAACAACGUCAUGUCAAGAGCGUUAUGUGAGCUGGGAAGAGGUUUUCGUAUCGGUGGAUAAGGGAAAAAGGGAGGUUCGUUAUUAUCUUAAAAAAAGAGGUGGUGGUUCGGAUCUGGCACUCAUAGGUAAAGAGAAGAGUUCCAGGCAUAUGUCUUAUCACUACGCUAUAAGAAACUCUUCCUUUGGUCCAUUUUUGAAACUCAAAUCGCGUAGAGAAGUUGUUGAUUGGAUGGAUUCAAUUGUUUCAGUUUGUUCUGCCAGCGAAGCGAAUAUGGUGGAAAAACAUAAUUAUGAACCUGAGAUUGAAAACUCAAAGGUUAAUCAAUUGCAGAAGCUGCGCAAUUGUACGAACGAAUUUGCAUGGUUAGGGUCACCUUGGACUUGUAGGAAAAGAAGAAAUCACUAUCAGGCAUUUAAGCGGAACGGUUUUCAGAUCUCUGUGUAUGAUUUUGUGUUUAUUUUAGCAGAAGAGAACAAACGUCUAGUUGCCUACUUGGAAGACCUGUACGAGGAUUCCAGAGGCAACAAGAUGGUUGUGGUGCGCUGGUUUCACAGAAUUGAUGAGGUUGGUAACUUUUUGCCUCACAAUUUUAGUGACAGAGAGGUUUUCUUUUCUCUUUAUCUUCAAGAUCUGAGUAUUGAAUGCAUAGAUGGUUUGACUUCCGUCCUCAGUCCACAGCACUAUGAAAAGUAUCGGAAUGAAGCUCGUCACACUCGUCAAGAACCAUUUAUGUGCAGCAAGCAGUAUGAUAACGACGAUGUCAAAUCCUUUGAUAUCACUCAACUUAAGGGUUAUUGGAAACAGGAAAUACUGAGGUACAUGUAUCCCAACUCUGACUCAAAGUCUAAUGGGAGUUCAGGGCGAUCAGAAGAUGGCCCAGAACUGGAACAAAACUUCCAGUCUACUCCUGGGAUCAGACCUAAGAAGAAGCAGCGUUUUACUAAAAUUGAUGGAAAAGAUGAGGUGGAUUUAAUUGCUCAUAAAUUGGGAAAUUUGAGUAAUAGUAAGAUUAAUACCAAAACCAGUAUGGGUAACAAUUCCGUAAAACUGGUUGGUUCCACCAUUUUGCCUACCAUCAUAGAGACAAAUGAACAUGCUUCACAGUAUUUAGCUGUUGGUUCCCAUGUUGAGGUCCUCUCACAAGACAGUGGGAUUACAGGAUGCUGGUUUCGAGCUUCUGUUAUCAAGAUGCACAAAGAUAAAGUGAAGGUGCAAUAUCGGGACAUCCAGGAUGCGGAUGAUGAAUCUAAGAAGCUUGAGGAAUGGACGAUAGCUUCUAGAAUUGCUGUACCUGAUGAUCUGGGUGUCCGAGUGCAUGAGAGAACCAAGAUCCGACCAGUGCCAGAGUCAGACAAAUGUGUAAUAUCUUUUGUGGGUGAUGUUGGUUACAUUGUCGAUGCCUGGUGGCAUGAUGGAUGGUGGGAGGGCAUUGUUGUUCAAAUAGAGUCUGAGGCUAAAUAUCAUGUUUAUUUCCCAGGGGAAAAGUUGGUGUCAAUUUUCAGUCCUGGUAACUUAAGGCAUUCUCAAGAUUGGACAGGGAAUAGGUGGGUAGAAGUGAGGGAAAGGCCUGAUCUUGUGACUUCUGUAUUAUCAAGCUUGGAGACAAAACAAAAUUCCAGCAAAUAUAAUGACAGUAAAUCAACUGUAGCAUCCAUGGGAGAUGCAAUACAAUCUAAGCAGACUGAUACUAACUUGGGUUCUGAAAGGGAUGGACUUCGAAAGCCUGAGUUAGUUCCAGACCUCUUCAAGGAUGUUAUGUUAUCUCAGUUAAGGUGGAAGUCAUCCCGGAAGAGGAAUCGAAGUGGUACCUCUCACCAGAAGCAACAGUGCAAUGACAGACACAGGAAAUUGUCCCUAAAGGUUCGGGAGUCAGAUUCUACUGAUACUUUUGUGAUUCCAGCUUCAUUGAAAGUUGACCAUGAUGACUGCAAAUACCCAGGAGAUCCAUCUAUUUUCAGUUCCUCGGUCGUGCCAUCUUUAACUAACAUGGUUAUGUGUAGGUGACUCCAUGUUGUUUUCUAUAGAAUGGUGUCUACUUUUCGGGUUAUCUAGUUUUUUCAUUCCAUUUAGCACAAACACUAUUUAUAUUUAAUCUUUAAACCUUGUGCAUCCAUUCGAUGCCUCUGUUUUUUUUUUCACCUUUUCCUCAUGAUUUCUUCUACAGUGUUUUUUCUAACUUAGAAAUUGUAUCUUAGGUUCUAGUCUUUUGUUUUCCCCUGUUUAUCUUGUUUGAGUUAUUCGUGGCAUCGGAGCUUCAUUUUUAUUUGGGUGCUUUGUAUCCAUUAGAAACCCAAGGAGGCAAGGAUGAUGCCUGUACCAGUUUUGGCAGGAAAGUGUAACUUAGUUGAAUAACCGAGGAUCGCUUUAGUUUUAAGAGGGUAGUUUUGCCCAUUUAUUUGCAGUCCAUAAUAUGUGUAACUUUGGCCAAUAAGAAUAUAUACUUUACCUUUCUUUUGCUUGUUUA